CAUUCUUUGUUUGUUAUUAAUCAUUUAAAUUUAAAUAGCCAAGGAAUUUCUGCUGCCCUAUCCCAUUGGGAUAGAGAAAUUAUUAAAAGCCCAUUGCCCAAAGUACUAUGGAAAGAUCUUUUAACCGGGACCUGGAAAGGGCCAGACAUCCUCAUAACGGCGGGACGAGGGUAUGCUUGUAUCUUUCCUCAGGAUGCCGAGUCCCCCAUUUGGGUUCCGGACCGACUCAUCAGACCUGCCCCGAGAGAAAAGGAAGCAGAAGCGGAGGCAACGGAAGCAGCAGAAGCAGCUGAUUCUGCAAAUGAAGAAACUGAAAGUCAACCGGGGAAAGCCAAUGACCUGGACUCAAGUUCGCUCGCUGACGCGACAUGCUAAAGAACUUUUAAUUGAAUUGGGGAAACCCCCGACGCCUGCAUGUUAUGUCUUGGCCUUUUUUUCUCUCCUCUCUGCUACCCCUUUACCCAUAGAGGGGGUUUCCUAUUGGGCUUAUGUUCCAGAUCCUCCCAUCAUCCAGCCCGUAGGCUGGAUGGACCCACAACACAUUAAAAUGUUAACAAAUGAUUCAUUAAGAAUAGGCGGUGCUCAGAAUUCAGAGCUCCGCCCUAGCACGUCCUCCUUUAUAAAUUUUGAGGGCAGAGCAGAUUCAUUACCGGUCUGCCUGACUCUUCAGGGAAAGGCUCCUCAUGGCUGCUUUACUACACGCUAUAGGACCUUUCUUACAGAUUCUCCUGAUAGGGCACAACUCGGUGAUUCCUCAGCGGAACCAAAGGAUUUGGACACAGUUAUAAUCGUUCGACGCCCUCCGUAUGUUUUGUUGCCAGUAGAGCUUGGUGAAGAGCCUUGGUAUGAUAAUGCUGCUUUACAAGUUUUAGAGGAUUUUAAUGCCCUUAUUAGGCCAAAACAUUUUGUUGCUGCUCUUGUUCUUGGCAUUGCUGCUUUAAUAUCAAUUUUAACUACUUUUGCUGUUGCCACCACGGCAUUGGUUGAGACAAUUCAAACUGCACAGUUUGUUAAUAACCUCAAUCGCAAUGUUUCUCUUGCUUUAACUCAGCAGGAAUUAAUUGACAAGAAAUUGGAAUCAAAACUAAAUGCUUUGGAGGAAGUGGUGAUUGCACUUGGUUAGGAAAUGAGCAAUCUUAAAAAUACGCUUUCAGUUCGCUGUCAUGGCAAUUUUAAGUCUAUUUGUGUCACACCUCUGCCUUACAAUACCUCUGAACCUUGGGAAAAAGUGAAAGCACAUCUGCAGGGAGUCUGGACAAGCAGUAGCAUUUCCCAUGAUAUUGACUCAUUACAAAAGGAUAUCUCAGCCAUGAGUCAGUCGCAUCUGCAGUUAGGGGGGGCUUCAACAACUAGCCUCCAGCCUUCAGUCUAAUGUAAAGGCUCUUAAUCCUUUAGAUUGGCUACAAUACUUUAUAUUUCUUGGCAUCAUUGUCUUGCUUUUCCUUAUAGUAGUUUUUCUGUUUCCUCCUUUUAUCUCAUGUCUUUUCAAGUCGCUCAAAACAGUGCAACAAGAUAUCUUCGAGCUCCGUUUUAAAAACAAAAAAGGAGGAACUGCUACACCCACAGCGUGACCCCUGUGUAACUGUAGCAGAAUGCUGCUCUACUGGGGGGAACCGCCUGAAGGGAUGGGGUCAGAGCUUCUCGAAGCAGAGCCCCAGGCAGUCUCCUGGAGAGAAGCCCGACCCAUGAGAGCCUCCAGAAGAUCCCUGCGCUGCCGAGCAAUAUGUUCUGUUCUCUUUAUGCUUUUCUGCAUAAUCUAUCACUUUGCUAUCUGUUUCCCAAGCACAGGCUGACCCAGAUUCUAAAAAGGAAGCUGGCAAUGCCACCAGCCCUGAGAUGGAUAACCCACUGCUCGAGGCACCUCCAUUUAUCCAGGCUGUUUAUACAGAAGCUGGAUACAAUAAGAUUAGUAAUCAAAGAUACUGGCAUGCUUGCUUAUGCAAGCAUUUGUGGGAAGCCUUGUAUCGCAGAUGUGAUUCCUUUAAAGAACACAUUGCUAAGUACAUCAGAGGGGAGCUAAAACUGUCCAUGUAAGAAGAGGAAGUUGACACUUGUCUCUAAAGAUGUGCUAGACAUGAUUCACCGAACAGCCAGUUCAUGACCAACUGCAAAGCCACAAAUAAUUGUAUUAAUAGAUAAACUUAUUCUAUGUCUGAUCUGGGGCUGGAAACUUUUCGCUGAGAUGUUCAAAUUCUAAAAAAUCAUGAUUCAGCUGUAACAUGAAUUGUAUUUUUUCUAUCCUUGUCAAGUUCCUUGUUCCUAUCACUAUAUAAGAGAAGUUUAAACUUCAGUAAAAUUACAGCAGUUCACU